GAAAGGGGUGGGACCGGGAGCGGGACAACCUUUUACAGUUGGGACUUUGGGUAUUGAUAUUUAGAUCAGUUGUGCUGUGAGAUAUAGCCUAAAUAUUCAUAUCAUCUAGCACGAAACGAAAGUUAAUUAAUGUGUCGAAAUGAAAAUAAAGAUCUUCACUGGUUAGGGAAUAUCAAUUGAUUACGUUUAAAACAGAUGGUGGGCUAGAAGAAUAUAUCGAUUUUCAAAUUGCUUUAAUCUAUACGCAAGCCCACAUUCCAGUUGGUGGUAGUGUUGUAUCUACUUAGCUUUUAGCUUAAUUAUUGUAUGUCGCUAGCUAUGAUCUCUCUCCCUCUCCCUCCCUCCCCUUCUCUCUUUCUGAGUAUUACACACAGAUAGGUAAUCAGUUCUAUUGAGUCCUAUAUUCAUUAGUCGAUUCGGGGUGCGGUCAAAACAAUAUUUCAUGAAUUUUGAUUUUUGUCAUCGGUGAGAAGGUUGGAUCCAUUUAUUUUAACUGGAAAUAUCUAUUUUGAUUUUAUCUGUUUCAUCUAGUGGAAACUUGAUUUCAAGAGAUUUCUUCUCUUUUAUUACUACAUAUUAUUCGUAUAGUUUAUAUAAGGUGGAAAACCAUGGAGUCCAAUUCGAUGAGGAGGCAUCGUCCGAUAUUUCUGAUUUUGAUCGUUUCCCUGCUUCCAGGUGUCCUUGGCCAAGUGAUACCCGAGGAAGCCCAUCUGGUCUCUCGUCUGCUAGAUAAUGGAUACAGCACCGUGGCUCGCCCAGUCCUCAACCAAGAGCACGCCAUCACUGUCAAGAUUGAUUUGGCUAUUGUCAACCUCCUAGAUAUGGACGAGGCGAACCAGAUCAUGACUGCAAACACUUAUAUGACCCAGGAAUGGCACGACGCUUUCCUCACCUGGGAACCAUCAAUGUUCUGGAACAUCACAGACAUCCAGAUACCCAUCGAAAAUAUUUGGAAACCCGACAUUAUUCUUCAUAAUAAUGCCAACGAUGAGCUGAACGGCGGCAUUCGGUGGACCCAUGCCUGGAUCAGAUACGAUGGGAUGGUAUCAUGGAAGACCAACUACAUUUUAAUGAGCGCCUGUCCAAUGAACCCUCUCUACUUCCCCUUCGACACUCAGAACUGUUCCCUGAAACUUGGUUCCUGGACCUACAACAGGGACGAGAUCGAUGUCAUCGUCAACGGCACAUCUGGCGACGCGACGCAGUACCAACCAAACGGUGAAUGGGACCUAAAAGAGUUCCCUGUGGUACGCCAUGUGGAGGCGCGAGAGUGCUGUCCGGGUGUGUACCCAUCGGUGACCUUCAGCGUGAUCCUCAAGCGGCGGUUUAUGUUCUACUUCUUCAACCUGGUGAUCCCUUGCGUGAUCAUCUCCUCUCUGGUGUUGCUGGGCUUUGUCCUGCCGUCUGAUGCUUGUGAGAGGAUUACAUUAACACUCACUAUUCUUCUUUCUCUCACUGUGUUUUUGUUGCUGGUAGCCGAGACCAUGCCACCUACCUCUGAAGUGGUGCCGCUCAUCUCUCAAUAUUUUGCUGCCAUCAUCGUGGCUGUCGGCCUGAUCACGUUCUUCGCCGUGGUCACCAUCAGUAUCCACCACACAGGGGACAGUCAACGAGCUCCCAGGUUCGUCCGCAAGGCCAUCCUCGGCCUUCUCGCUCGAUUCCUCUGCGUUCAGGCCAUCCCCUACGACGACGACGACGAUGACGACCCGAAACAGUCAUCCCACAAGCGCCGUGGCGAGAUCGAAGGCAGUGGGGUUCUCAAUCCCGUCUUCGAGGACGACGACGGCAAUGGUGAUCCAUUCCAGGCGUCGACGUCGACGUCCAACGGCGACCCGAUCGAGGUAUUGAUGACGAAGAUCUCGCGUGGGGUGGCCCACUUCGCCAAACUCACCUUCGAGAAUGCCGAGAGCAAGAGGACAUCGAUGGAGUGGAUGCACAUCGCCAGCGUACUCGAUCGGUUUUUCACCUAUUUCUUCGCCAUCCUUUGUCUGGCCAUAACUCUGGCCACCAUUGUCGCCGCUGCUGCACGAGCUCAAUGAACAUGGUCGAGCAUGGAUAUGAUAUUCGCCCUGAUCAUACCAGAUGUCUUGAUAAGUCAAUCGGUAAUUAAAAAUGAAGAUAAAUACGCAUACGCAAAUUACGAUGCAAUAAAAAUCACAUAGAAACAGAAUCCAUUAUAUUCGAUGGAAAAGACUCCAACCACGAAAACUGUGCAAUUCAUUUACUCCAAGAUAUAUUGCAUGUUACUUGAUUGUUUUCAUGGUAUGUUUAUUUUGUUAUGGAUUUAUCAUUAUUCCUCAUUAUUAACGUUGAUUAUUGCAAUUUUAUCAACAUUCAUUGGAAUGCUAUAUGUACGUAUCCCAUCUCUUUAAUUUGAUAUCUGCCCUUCUGCCAUUUUAAUUUUUUGGGUGAUCAAGUUAUGUUGACGAUAGCUUUUAAUUCAGGUUUUGUCGAAACGCAUGAAUCAUGACAAUAUUAUAAUGAUCAAUCUUACCAUUACUUUCAAAUCUUGCCAUAUAAUAUAAAACAUGAUAAAUCUACAUUCAGUUUGAUGUCUGUUUUAAGUUUGAUUGUAUCUUUCUUGUAAUCAGGAAAGCUGAAGUAUUUCUUUUUAAGAGACAGUAUAGGUAUGGCAGCAUAAUAUUUCUUCAUUUAUCAAGUUACAUGUGUGUACAGUAUAUGCUUAUUCAUUAAUGUGAUUACUGUAUUUCAAUAUCUUUUUUAUAAAUCAUAUAAGCAAAUCAUUUUUUUUGGGGGGGGCAGAUUAGAAUACAAAAAUAUCAUGUUUUAUUCAGUCAGUGUGUUAUCGUUACCACCAUUAAAAAAACAUUUGUGUCAUAUAUGUAUACACUACAAGCUUUUAAUUUAACAAACCUUAGCUAUUUACUGUCAAAUUAAGCCAACAGAAAAUAUAUAAACUGCUUUAUGAAAGUAUAAUACGUCGUACCCAUGCCAAAGUGUAGUAAAUAUGACAUAUACCAGAAUUAAGAUAGAUAUUAUCAUAGUAACGUGGGCCCCGUAAUGAAAAUGGUUGCGAUUUAUUGCAAUAUAUAAAACAUACUUUCUGUUUGGUUUCAGGUCAGCCUCUGAAGGAAAGUAGACGUGUAACAUUGACUGCGAAUGGUCAAUCCAAGUUUUGCAUUGUUUGAUCACUGCUUCAUUUGUCACGAAGCCCAGAUAUAAUACUCUGCGUUUUUAAUUUCCUUAUUAUUUUGUUAUUAAUUCAUGUAAUCUAUUACUAUGAGCUUGUUAACUUUUGUAACAAUUCAAGAGAGUUUAUUGUAUGAAUAUUUUCGUGAAAAAACGAGAGUUUGAGACUAUUGAGGUUAAAUGUUUAAAAGUAUUGAAAAUAGGCAAUUAAAAGAAAAUAUUUGAUUCUUCCUUCCCUUUGAAUACAAAUAAUAACUCUUCUUAACCCAGGAUACAUACUUCACCUGUUAGCUAUUCUUCCAACAGGACCUGCAUAAGAUAACGUGUUAUUUUUAUCUUUCUCCAUUCUCAAACGUCGAGCGCCUAUUCUCUCUCUCUCUCUCUUUCUUUCUUUCUUUCUUUCCUUCUUUCUGUCUUUCUUUCUUUCUGUCCUUCUUUUUUUGGUGUAUGAAGGACGUGGGUCAAAAUGUAAUGUUACACAAGAGAUCGGUGGAUAGGAUCAAUUUUUGACAUUUUAGAUCCAGUCUUGGUGUAUCAACAUUUACCUGUGUUUUCAAAAUCUGUACCUUUGGCGAUAACGAUGUUAGAUUAAAACAAAUUGAACAUAGUGUUGUUUAUUGAAUAAAAUAAUGAGCGAUUUGCGUAUCC